AUGAAUGGCUCGUCCGUGAGGCGACCUAGGAUGCUACAAAAUUGGACGAGACGCAAUCUCGUUACUUUAGUAGAAGGCGAAUUAGAUGCAACGGCUAUUGUCUACGAUGAGAAUUGCAACGCACGCAGUUUUCAAGUCGUGAGGAAUUCCGUAGUUGAAAGAAGUUUAAAUCUUUCGAAUUUGAAUGUUAUAGAUGUCAAGAGCUAUCCACGCGUUUAUCAAUUGUUACUCAACAAUAAUGAACUCGAGAUAUUUGCGCCUGUUGACUUGGACAAUGACAUGGAAGCUUUAGAGUUGGCCAAUAACUAUAUUACAAAUUUAACAAAGUCACACUUUCCACGACGAUUAAGUUAUUUAGACCUGAGCUCGAACUCAAUUUCGACGCUUUCAACAUCAACACCAUGGCCAGAAUCAGGAGAAUUACAAACGCUGCUACUUCAUGGAAAUUCUCUUAAUUCUGUGAGCGCUGAAACAUUUUCAUCAUUAGUUGCAUUGCAAUCUUUAUCAUUAUCAAAUACCGGCAUUACGAAUCUGGACAAAUUGAGGCUCCCAGUGUCAUUGCGUACACUUAAUAUAAGCAAGAAUUCAUUUACAAGCGCAUCUACAAAUUUUUCUAACUUACCAACGGCACUCCAGCAUCUGGAUCUGAGUGACAAUUUACUUACAGUCUUUCCAACAAUUGUCUCUGCACUCACAACACUUGUUGAGCUGAAUCUUGAGUCAAAUGGAAUUAAAGAAAUUUAUGGAGUCACCUUUGCUUCGACGCUUCGAAAAAUCUACUUAAACGACAAUCCACUUUCAACAAUUGAAAUUUGUCGCUCGGAUGUGAGUGUGUUUCAAAGUUUAAUUGAUUUUGUUGCUCCAUCCUCCAUUUCAAGCUCAUGUACCAAUUCGAAAGCAAAAAGCGAAGAAAUUCAAGGUGUUUCUUUUUGUGUAUUAGAAGAUGACGACUGUAUGAUCACAUCAAUCUCUGAUGUUGGAAGUGGAAGUAUUGAAAAUCAUGACAGUACAAAUUCAAGUGCUACGACUAAUGAAUCAGAAACAAAUUCAGACGUUUCGAUAUUCUCAGCUGAAUCGAUUAGCAUCAUUGGUGGUCUCUUUCUUGCUAUUGGUAUUCUAUCAACUGUUUUAAUCUGUGGAUUUCUUUACUACAAACGAAGAAAUAAAACAAAUGACAAUCCAUCGCAUUCUGCAGCAAGGAAAGUGAAUCAAGAACGUCGUUAUGGAAGCAGUGGAAGUAAUUUUAUCGUCUUAACAUCAGGUGAACGCACUGCACGAGCUAUUGGAAAUAAUCAAUACGAAUAUCGCGAUGUUGAUGGAAAAAAUGGGAAUAAUAGUUCAUAUGGAGACAAUAGUACAAAAACACCAAGUGGGGAUACAGUAUGGAAUGUUUACGAAAGUCCAUUAGACAAAUAUCAUCCUGUGGCUCUUCUUGAAUCAAGUCCAAAGAGCAGCAGUUUCUUUGGAGCGAGUACAGUUUCUUUACAAGCACGUAGCAAGAUCAAGAGCAAGAUUAAUCUUGAUGAUCUUCUUGUGUUUGAGAUUCCACCCGAAGAGAUUCAAAUGCGACGUGCACUUCACAUGUCAAUGUCUAAGAAAAGUAGUAAAGCUGCAUUAGCAUUAAGUUCUGUGGGCGUCGGUAAUGUACGUAAAGUAGAUACAGCUCUCUUUCUGGCGGAAUAUCAAGGAUAUAAAGUUGUAAUUCAAGCGCUCAUGCGGUCAAAGAAACGUUUGGAACAACAUUUUGUGGAGCAAAUUCGUCUUGCUGCAUCACUUGAUCAUGCAUCCAUCGUUCACUUUAUUGGUAUCACUACUGGCUGUAGUACAUCAACUAGUCGCAAUCGUGGAAGUAGUGCAGCAGCUCAACUUGCUUCGUAUGCUAGCAAUGGUCCAAAACCUAAUUUCAAUGAAAGUCGAAGCAAACAUACAACUAUGGGUGCACCAGCAUGGCAUCUUGGCGUUGUUUUUGAGUACAUGCAAUACGGUUCUCUUGCUUCAAUGUUUGAAGCUGAACGUCAUCGUCGUGAAGGCAAAGGAUUUUAUCCAAACAAAAGCAUAGCAACAACUAUUGGUAGCGGGAAUGGAAAUAUCUUUAGUUGGUAUCCAGUAUUUGCGAAUUCAAGCGCAAGUGUAAAUGCGAAUCCAAAUGCUGAUUGGCGUUGUAAAUUAUCAAUUGCGUUGGAUGUGGCUAUGGGUUUAGUCUACCUUCAUGCGAAUAAUUAUGCACAUGGUAGAAUAUGUGCUCAUAAAGUCUUGGUUAAUGAACAAGGAGAAGCAAAGUUGAGUGCAAUGGACAUUUUAUUACCUUCGGAUCUAUUGUCGAAAAAAGGGGAACUUCAUCAUACAGCUGACGAUUUUCGGGAAUCUUUAAUAGAGAAUGCUCGAUGGACGAUGCAGAAAAUUACAUCAAGAGUUGGAAAAAAACCAACUACUAGCAAUCUUGGACGUAGUAGAUAUGCGAAUAAUAGUGGAGAGAGCAAUGUGAGUGAGAUUAGUGGUGCCACGUUUGAUGAGAAUCAUAGUCCACAUGAUCAAAAUAUCGUAUCUGAUGAAACAUUAGAUAAAUUUGACGAAACUCGAGGUAAUGGAGGUGCUUGUAUCUCAGCUCAACGAGAUGAUGUUUACGCAUUUGGUACGUUUUUGUGGGAACUUGACACAAUGAUUGCUGUAGAGGAAGAUUUGGCAAGUUUACGGGCUCCAACUGGUACUGGUGGUAAUUCUCAACUUUUAAAAUUCUCAUCAGAUUGUCCAAUGGAGUUACAAGAGCUUGCUCGACAGUGUUGGCAUGAAAUACCAACCGAGCGUCCAGAUGCUAUUGAUGUUCAAGAAGAAUUGGUUCGAGUUUUAGAAGGUCGUCUUACAACAACUGGUCAAGUGCAACCUAAUUGGACACGACCAAGUUACGUAAGUGAUACUAGUGCAUUAAGUGUUUUAUCAAGCUCCGAAUUGUCGUCAAAUAUGUCGAGUGCACGAACUCACAUGAUUCGAAAUGACAAGAAUUUCGAAGAUUCGAUCGGUGUUAAUGUUCAUUAA